GAAAGUCUUCAUCCAGCCAGAUUAUGAAACUUAUCAUUUGGAGAUGGCUUCCUUUUUGCAAAAUGAAAGUUUCAACAAGUAUUUGAGAUGUAGGAUGACACGCAAUAAUUAUAAUGUAACGUAUGUGUGGAUGAAAAAUGGACUUUACAUUGAAUACAAUUCCUUGGCUAUUCUUCCAACUAGUGUUGUCGACCAUACUAAAUGGUUUGGAAGUGUAAAAACAAGGCAAGGAGAAUAUGUAUGCGGUGUAUGGUUUCCUGGUUUUCCUAAACCAGUCAUGUCAUCACCUGCUUCUGUGUAUUUUUCAGAUUUUAUCUCAUUUGUAAUGAAGAUCCAAGGUAAAAAUAUUCCUUUCAAAGGUUUACAGAAGCUACAGUUUUAUGAAAAUACAAGACAGUUUGUUACAAAAAAAAUGGAGUCACUGAUUGAAAAACUGGAAAAUGAUAUAGAAAAACCAGCUUGGGAUUUUAUGAAUUUCAAGAGAGAUCCUGAUUCCGGUGAUAUUGUGCUUCGAAUGCAUAUUUUCUUGAAAAUUGCUGAGACUUCUAGAAGUAAUAUGACUCAGAAUGACCUUUUAAAAUAUAUAGAAUCACAUGCUUCAAAAGUGUUUAAUGCCAGUGUGCAAGUGAAUUUUACAGAUUUUUGUGAUGAGAAGGUGAAACAAAUAAGAGGUCAAAAUGUUACAUGGGAUGAAACCCACUAUACAAAAUUUGCUGUUUCUGAUCCUUACUGUUUGAAUGAGUCAUGGCAGCUUGUCCUCCGUGCUUGUGAAUCUAGCUUUGUUCGUGGUUCCAGAUGGUCUGACUUUGAUUCUUCUCAGUGUGCGAGACUUCAAGACCACAUUACUGAGGAAAGCGAUGGCCCAUUAUGCAGACCAGGAUACAUGUACAAGAAUAUUUCUGGUUCACUUUUGUGUAUGAGAAACGUUCAAGAUGCAGUUACUUGGAGUGAAGCCCAGAAUGAAUGUCAGAAAGAUUUUGCAUAUCUUCUGACUCCAGAUAUGUUAGAUCCUUUACUUCAGUUGUCAGACCAGAAACAAAAAAAUGAUGAAUUAAAAAAAAUGUUUGGUAAGUUCAACAAGUUUUGGAUAGGAAUACAGAACAUUAGCAACAUUCUGCAUUAUCUAGGUUUCCAUCCCAAACCAUUAAACCUGACAGCAGAAAAACUCUCAGGAAGAUGGGAAGCAUACGGAUCUACUCUUGAUAAGAAAUGUUUUAUACAAAAUACUGAUUUAAAGAUAGCACCUUAUUAUUGUGAGGACAAGUUACCCUUCAUCUGUGUCCACAAACCUUUUAAGCCUGAACUAAAGCCAUUGCCAGUUUGUCCCUCAAAAUGGCUAACGUCAUUCAUUCAGGACACCUGCUUCUUCAUUGGUGAGUCUUGGAGAAAAUCAACUUGGAAUGAGGCACAGCAAAACUGUAAAGGUGGACGUUUACUGACUUUGGCAGAUUUGUUAAAAUACAAGCUUAUCCUGAAAUAUCUUAAAGAAAAGUAUUUUACUAAAAGAAAAAUUUCCAAAGAGUUCUGGAUGGGCCUCAUGUGGAAAGACAAGACUUAUAAAUGGGAAGAUGAAAAAAAUAAUUCUGUUACAUAUGUCCACUGGAAAUCUACAACAGAUUUCAGCAAGACGGCUGGAGUGUUAGCUUUGAAUUUUGGAAAAGUAAAAUCUGAAGGAAAUUGGGAUUUAGCUGACCCUAAAUUGACUAAACAGUAUAUUUGUGAAAGACAAGCCAAUAGACAAGCCACAGCAUGGGCAGAAGUACUUGUCCUGAAUCAAUCUUUAUCUUUACUUAGUGACAGGAGUUCUCAAAUUCCAUUCUUGAAAUGUCAAACAGAAAAUUCUCUUCCAAACAGUAUUGUAUGGUAUUUUGAUGAAGUAGUUGUGAAGGGUCACAGGUAUAGUUCUAUUGAUAACGAUGAUCUAAAGUUGACAGUUAGAGAGGUUCUCAGAGGACAUCCACUUCAGAGACAAGAAGAUAAUGUAUUAAAAGCUCAAGGUUACUAUGAGUGUGAGACUGAACAGAUGAGACCAUUCCAGACAGUUAAAUCUUUUAAACAGCUAUUUCGGUUUGAUGGUAUUUGGGCUUUAGCUGCAAGCUUUAUUUAUAUCAAGAAUAACACAGAUGAUAACCUAUAUAGUAAGAACCUUAAAGACUAUUGGGACAAGUUAAUACAUACAGAAAAUCAUUUGAAAAGACAUUUUGCUGAUAUCUUAAGUGUAUAUGAAUUUGAAAUUCAUGUGCGAAACCUGUCUUUGAACAUGAAAUACACAAAGGUGAUUUUCAACAUGUACAGUCAACAAAUUACAAACAUAUCUGAAGAAACAGCAGGUGAAGAAGAAGAAAGACUUCUGAACAUCAAGCAGUCAUGGAAAAAUAGUAUUGAUUAUACCAAGUUUAAGAUAAACAAAGACAGUGUAGUUGUCAGAAGUACAUUGAGCUGUUUCCAGAAUGUGACAUUUGAUACAGUGAGUGGAACCAAUCUGACAUGGCCUCACACUCGACUUGGAGCUUCUGUUAUUCCUAAGGAAUUCUGCAUUGAAGAAAAUGGUGAUCCUGUAGUUCGAAAGUGUGAGGGAGAUUUCAUUGUGGGUGCUUCCUGGGGACCUGUUAAGGGAUCCUGUAGAGGAACACUCAAUAAAGUCACCCUAGCCCUAAACAAAUUAAGUCAGGUUAAAGUAAGAAAAGAUAAUACUAUUAAUGUAUCUAGCAACAUGAAAAAAUUGAUAGAGGACCAUGAUAUAUUUUGUGCACUUGAUGUCUACUACGUUGCAAAAAUAAUGGAAAAACUUUCACUUGUAAACACCACAAAUAACACUGUGCUACACAAUGUUGUUUGUGCUGUUGAUAAAAUUCUAGAAAUUGAAGAAUCCAUAUUAGAAUCUUCCCAGAGAAAAAUAAAUGCUACCAGCAUGAUUGCCAAUGCUUUAGAGAAGAUGUUAAGCAGAACACAAGCUAAUGUCUCACUAUCCCUAAAGCAAGUAGCAGUGUCAAGAAGUGUAAAUUAUCAGUUUCAACCUGCUGAAGAGAUUCAAGUUGGAAUCCAACUAUACUCAGUUUCCUCAGUUAAAUCUAAAAACUCUUUGCAACCGGUCAAAUACAGAGAUGAAUUUCCUGCUUCAGAUAUUACAGCUGGUAUUGAUUUAACAUCAGCCAUCAUAAAGAACCACACACUGUCUGAAAAAUAUGGCACAUCAAUCGCACUUGAAUUUAUUGUAUAUAAGAAUGGAAAGCUCUUUUCUUCCAGUUCUUCUACUUACAGAAGUAUUGCAGUAGGCCCAGUAAUUCUAGGAAACAUUGCACCUGGUCCUGUAUAUGAUCUGGAUGUCCCUAUUAGGAUUGUGUUUAAUCUUCCAGAGAAAUUCAACACAGUAGAUGAAAAAAGAUUAAAGUGUAUGUUCUGGGACCAAAGACUUGGCAACAACGAGGGAAGUUGGAGCAGUAAGGGAUGUCAGCUUGGUGAGAAAAAGAACAACAGAUUUACCUGCCUUUGCGACCACCUGACACAUUUUGGAAUGAUUUUUUUGGAAAGUGUUGAUCCAGACAGUUCCACUGAGGAACAUGAAGCUGCUUUGAAGACAAUCACCUAUUUUGGUUGCAGUCUUUCCAUAUUUGGACUUGCCCUAACAAUUCUCACAUUCGUUGUUUUCAGCAAAUGGAGAAAGGGGAUAGGUCACCAGACUUUGUGUAAUUUAGCAGUAGCUUUGUUGGGGUCCCUGGUAAUUUUUCUCAUUGGUAUAAAUAAAAAGCAUGGACAAGGUCUUUGUAUGCUGUCUGCUGUGCUGUUACACUACUUCUUGAUGGUUUCCUUUGGAUGGAUGUUGGUUGAAGCUGUCUUACAGUAUCUACGAUUUGUAAAGGUUGUGGGCACAUACAUCCCCAGAUUUAUGUGCAAAGCUAUGAUAUGUGCUUGGGGUACGCCUUUGCUGAUUGUCUGUUUAGUUUUAAUCAUCGAUCAUAAACAGUAUUACUAUGGUAAAAACAUGUGUUGGUUGGCUCCCUAUGGUUUCUAUAUAGCUUUUCUUGCUCCUGUUGGGAUUGUUGUAGUUGUCAGUUUGGUUGUGUUCAACACAGUUAUCUACAGUAUCUUCUGUGGACAACAGAUAGGACUGAGAACCAACCAGUCUGAAAGAAAAAUUGCCAUAGCUAAAUUACGUGCUGCCUUGUGUAUCCUUAUCUUACUUGGUGCAACAUGGGUGUUUGGAUUCCUUUCUGUUAUGAGUAAAUCACGUGAAACUAUUUUAGUAUUCCAGUACCUUUUCACCUUGACCACAACUAUCCAAGGCUUUUUCAUCUUCUUUUUCCAUGUUUUUCAAGAAAAGUCAGCAAGAGAGCUUUGGAAUCACUUACUUAGACGAAAAUUCCAUACUUCAACUACAAGCACAAAUACUUUCAACCUUUCAAAAACUGAUGCUAAAUAUAAGUUAAAUGUCACCAAUACUUCUUCAUAUGAAUAAAUCUUGUAUUUAAAUCUCUUUAAA